GUGUGGUCACGUGAUUAUUGAUGACGCGAGGGCUGCAUAAACCAAAACAGUCGGGCUUUUAGCUUGCCGCACAGAUAAAGGCAAUUUUUCAUUUUAUGAAAUGUUUUGUGUUAAAGAUGUCAAACGUUGAAAAAAUGAGAAAUUUAACGUUGGCUUAGCCGAGCUGUUUUUGUGCUACAACAUGAAUUUAAGAGGACUUUUCCAGGACUUUAAUCCCAGUAAGUUCCUGAUCUACUCCUGUCUCCUGCUGUUUUCCGUGCUGCUCUCCCUGAGGCUCGAUGGCAUCAUACAGUGGAGCUACUGGGCCGUCUUCACACCCAUCUGGCUCUGGAAGCUGCUGGUCAUCUUUGGGGCGUCGGUGGGCACCGGUGUGUGGGCCCACAACCCCCAGUACAGAGCUGAGGGAGAGACGUGUGUGGAGUUUAAAGCCAUGCUGAUCGCUGUGGGCCUCCACGUCCUGCUGCUGAUGUUUGAGGUCCUGGUGUGUGAUCGUGUGACCAGAGGGAACUACUUCUGGCUGUUAGUUUUCAUGCCGCUGUUUUUUGUCUCGCCCGUGUCUGUGGCUGCCUGUGUCUGGGGCUUCAGACAUGACCGCUCUCUGGAGUUGGAGGUUCUUUGUUCUGUCAACAUUCUUCAGUUCAUCUUCAUCGCCCUAAAGUUGGACAAAAUCAUCGAGUGGCGCUGGCCGGUGGUGUGCGUCCCCCUCUGGAUCCUCAUGUCUUUCCUUUGCCUGGUGGUGCUCUACUACAUCAUCUGGUCCGUCCUCUUCUUGCGCUCCAUAGACAUCAUCGCUGAGCAGCGGCGUACGCACAUCACCAUGGCCAUUAGCUGGAUGACCAUUGUGGUGCCACUGCUUACCUUUGAGAUCCUCCUGAUUCACAAAAUAGAGGGAGCCGACAAUCUGAACUUCGUCUGUGUGUUUGUUCCUCUGUGGCUGUCACUGCUCACACUCAUGGCUACGACCUUCGGUCAGAAAGGAGGGAACCACUGGUGGUUUGGCAUACGCAAAGACUUCUGCCACUUCCUGUUGGAGCUCCUCCCCUUCCUGCGCGAAUACGGCAACGUGUCUUACGACCUUCAACGCAGUGAAGACCCAGAGGCAGUUGAGGACCUGCCGGUCCCUGAACCGCCGCCUAAAAUUGCCCCUAUGUUCCACAAGAAGACGGGCGUUGUCAUCACGCAGAGUCCAGGGAAAUACUUUGUCCCGCCUCCAAAACUCUGCAUUGACAUGCCGGACUAAUCAUGUCUCCAUGACGACUAGGCAGCUGUGGAUCUGUUUGUUGACACAGGAUGGGUUUUUUUGUUAUCAGCUGUUUCUGAGUCGACCCCCAGAUAUUAAUUUUCCACCUGAGGUGGAACCGUUAUUGCAAGGACGACGAGGAAUCACCACACUGUUCAGCCAAUAGCUGGAGGGAGAGCUUCACUGUGUACAUUUAUCAUCGACCCUGUUUGGGUCAAAUGGAUUCACUCACCUAUAAACUUUUAAGCCGAUGUUGCAACUGUGUGAACACAAGACUCUGUAGCAGCUUCGCAUUAAAAUGCAAAACCCAUGUAAUGACGACAGCCUUGUUUUCUUCGGAUGGGACCAGCAGAGGGACGGAGGGACCCUGAGAAGAUUUUUCCAGGAUUGCUGUUCCUGUUUCUAACGAGCAAGUAGAAAAAUCAGGGGUGAGGGGAGGAAACAUUUUCUUACUGGACUGUCAGAAAGAAGCGAAACACCAGCCUUCACAGCAACUGUGAAGCAAAAAAGAGAGAAAAUCUAGUCCUGAAGGAGCCAACGUCAAAGUGAUGACAUCUUCCUCAGCUCUCUUUAUUUCCAAACUGCAGGGAACAAUCGAAAAAGAGUCUGCUGGUGUGAGGAAAAAGUGGGAGAGCAGAGAAAAGUGGAAUGUUUCCAUAACAGAGGACGGAGGAGACGCUGUGUUCAUCACUUCUUUUUAUUCCUGUUGUUCGGUUUUAAUCAAAGACGAUUGUCAGGUUUGGGACCAGAGACGAAGACUUUAUAUGUUUUUAUUUGGUUUUUGUUUUGUUUGUUUUUUUUAUACGCUAGAGUUUUAACCAUUUCUGUUCACAUGAUUCAGAUUAGCUCCUUCCCCAAUAACAGAAAAAACUUGUUCCACAUCUGUGAUCCUGUCCAAGAUUAAACCUGAAACCUGAUAACUUUAA